AAAAUAAGCAUUCGCACUGAACUCUCGCUUAUUAGACACAGCUUCAUAGCAGGGUGUAUAAUUCGUGCCGUCCAUCUGGGAUGGCGUCGAUUGCAAUACAGCAGUAAUCGACUCGGCCCUUAUCAUGACCAAAGGAUGCUACACUUGUCGCCGACGUCGAAUUGUCUGCGACAAUGGAUUUCCUACCUGUCGCAAGUGCCGCAAUGCCGGCAAGGAGUGUUUGGGUUAUCAGAAGCCCUUGGUAUGGGUUAAGGGAGGAGUCGCAAGUCGUGGAAAGAUGAUGGGUCUGAGCUUUGAUGAUGUAUCUGGUCCUUCUCAAUCGAGCGGCAAUUCCUUCGUUAUGUCGUCCGGAGCUGGAAUGCAUUCUCAAUCGAUGUUACCGUUCGAUUCUGUGAAUGGGGAUGUAGAUUCUGCAAUGGAUCAACAUCAUGGCGCUUUGGAGCACUCUCCACACUACCAGACAGAAACUCCCAUGUACUCUCUCGUCGACCCGCUAUUCCAAGACGUCAAUAAGACCUCAAGAUUCUACAUAAAUAUAUUCAAUCAUUUGAGCGUUCGCUGCCUCGCUCUAUAUGAUGAGGUCAGAAACCCCUACCGCGAACUAAUCCCCUACAUCAACGGGUCUCCCGUGUUAGCGGAUUCUCUGGCAGCUAUCGGGGCAUUACAAUUCAUAUACAAGUCCGAGGACUACGGACGAUCCCUUAUCAACGCAGCAGCGGGUGAUGAAUCAUCGCUCAGAGCAGGAAUGUCACUCAUGAAACCCCGAGAUAGGAAAGUAUAUGAACAUUUCCUACGACUAAAACAGCGCGCAUUACACCAGUUAUCUACAGAAGUGUCGCAUUCCACGACACGCAUUGAUGACCGGACGGUUGCAGCCAUGUUUGUUUUGAUACUACUUGAUGUGAUCGAAUCCGGCAACACAUCCUGGAUGUAUCACCUUGAAGGAGCGAAGAAUAUACUAAAAAGCAGAUUUUCGGAUUUUAACCGAAUCCCCACUACAGACGGGAUAUAUUCGUUCGUGAUUGAUUCUUGUUUGAUAACGGAGAUUAUGGGUUCAACUCUGGCGAGACCUGGAGUCCUGUCCAGGCCCUUUUUUUCACCGAGUAUGGGUUCCGCCGUGCUCAAACGCCUUGAAAAGACCGCGUUUGUCGGCUGUCCAGCCUAUCUCCUAGACGUGAUCUUCUUCGUUCAUGCACAGCGCUAUUCUGAAUCGGACGAGAAGACAGCAGAGUACUCGUUAUCAUUCCUGUCUCCAUCUGGAGAAGCGACUCGAGCCGAAUCACCGCUCGCAGUCCUGCGCCACAUUGAUUCCUUUGACGAUCGCGAAUGGGCCGAGGAAAUGCAAUCAUAUCUGACUCUACCAGAUCUAUCCGCACGACUCGCUCUCGCCCGAGCCUACAAGGCGGCAGUCCACCUCUACGCUCGAAGAGUACUCUCCAAAACAAACGCUUUCGCAUCCGACUGCGCCUUGACAACAACAACAACAACGGAUACUAUACUACGAAGUCGACGAACAGUCGAAACCGAACUUAUCCAAAACCUCCUUUCCAUCCCACCAGAAGACGAACAUUUCAAAUGUCUCAUAUGGCCUACUUUCAUAGCCGGUGCCGAAAGUUCAUCCCGCGAACAACGCGCGAUAACCUUACGGCUUUUGGGAUUCUUGUGGAAUGGAGUUUAUAGUUUGAAUUUGCAGAAUGCUGCUUGUGUGUUGAAGGUUAUGUGGGAUAAACAGGAUGAGAGACGGCAGGCGACUGCCGAUCGACUCCCUGAUGAAGAGGAGGAAGAAGAUGAUGAAGGGUUCGAUUGGAUCCAGGAACUUGAUCAGUCGAGUACUGAUUGGCUAUUUAUAUGAUGGCUUUUUUUUCUUAUGGAAUUCAUAUGAUUAUUUUUCGGGGCGCACAUACUUUCAAUGUCUAUAAGUUAUGGGAGGAUAUCCCACGACAAGCCUGAGUUAAUAGUCUCCUACACAUGUAUAUAUUGCAGUCGAUUUCGCAUAGACUUAUUUUUUAGCCAUUUACAAGUUCACUCUG